AUGAACUCCCUAUCCUCUCGCGAAGCAAUCCGAGAACGUACCAGAAACGCCCUCAAGCUCUCCGUCCCGGCCGCUCGGAUUCCAAAGGAUGAAUACGAUCACAUGGCCAGCUGGACGUCGUUCAGCAAGCACACCGGGAGCGUAAUGGAAUGGUGGACAGCAACACCGGGAGAGCUUCCGCCCCUGAAAUUCGUCAAGAACGACGAGGACGACGAGUCCGAUGGGGAUGUCCCGCCGCUUGUUCUAUCCCGUCCCGUCGAGAUCCCUGCUACUCCUACUCCUCCUCCGCCUCUACCUGUUUCGGAAACACUCUCAUCACAACUCCAGAGCCCUGAAUCUAGUACAUUGUCGUCCGCAAUGACAACCUUCUUCACACCAACAACACGUACCCCUUCGACAGCGCAGACCACAACGCCUGCUUCUUCGCACUCGAAACGAACAGAAAUCGAAUCACAGGCCAAGUCGGGCCCCGACUCAAUACGUCAAGUUCGCUAUACUUCUCAAGGUUGA